GUCGCCGCCCCCCGGCUCCGGCUCGAGCCGGGGCAGCGCCGCCGGGACUUCGUGGGAGGGAGCGAUGUUGGGCGCCGGGGGCGGCGCGGGGGCCAAGCCCUCCAAGCCCUCCUUCGUCUCCUACAUCAGCCCUGAGGAGGUAUAUGUACGGGAACCCAUAGAAAAGGAGGUUGAUCCUCAUUUGUUGCCAGGUGAACUGCUGCUUUGUGAAGCAAACAUGGUUUUGAAGUAUAUAAAAGACGAUGGAUCAAAUCGUGGCGUUUAUGGGAAACUUAUUUGCACAAACUUCAAGAUUUCAUUCCUUGGUGAAGAAUCGGCUUUGGAGGAUGAACCACAAUUCAAGAACACAAUUGUUGGAGAAAAUGACAUCACGCUUCAAUGUGUCGACCAACUUUAUGGAGUUUAUGAUGAGAAAAAGAAAUCACUAUAUGGUCAACUGAGAAAAUACCCGGAGACAAUAAUAAUUUACUGCAAAGAUCUUAGAGUGUUUCACUUCUGUUUGAGAUACACCAAGGAGGAAGAAGUUAAAAGGAUCGUCAGUGGCAUAGUUCAUCAAACACAGACUCCUAAGCUAUUUAAACGCCUCUUUCUGUUUUCUUAUGCAGCGGCAGUACCAAAUGCUAUAGAAAUAAAGAAUCAAACUGUGAUGUUUGAUUCUAUUAAAGACUGGCGUCAAGAGUUGGAGCGUACCAAAGGAAACCUAAAUUUCAAAGCAAUGAGUGCCAAUGAAGUCUACAAAAUCUCUAAAAAGUUGCCAGCAUACUUUGUUGUUCCCAUGGCUGUCUCUGAAGAGAGCAUUUUGCAGUAUCAAGGAAGAGGAAUUCCUAUCUGGUGUUGGUCUUGUCAUAAUGGUGCUGCCCUUCUUAAGAUGUCAUCCUUCCCCAAAGAGCAAGAUGACAACACUUCACAAAUGCAUAAACUCUUCUUGGAUGGAAUGUGUAAGACCAUUGAUAAGCCUCCUUAUGAACCCAUGAAAGCAGAGGACCUUUCAAGCAGUCUUCCAUCUCUGCAGGAGAUACAAGUUGCAUACACUAAAUUUAAGCAGCUGUUUUUAAUAGAUAACAGUGCAGACUUUUGGGAUACUGAUGUAAAAUGGUUUUCAUUGUUGGAGAGUACAAAUUGGCUGGAAAUCAUAAGGCGGUGUCUGAGAAAAGUAGUAGAGGUUAUUGAGUCACUGGAAGCACAGAAUGCAAAUGUUCUCCUUAUAGAGGAGAAUGCUUCUGACUUGUGUUGUGUGAUCUCCUCUCUGGUUCAAGUUAUGAUGGAUUCAUACUGCCGAACAAAGCUGGGAUUUCAGAGCCUUAUUCAGAAAGAAUGGAUUAUGGGAGGACAUGCUUUCUUAGAUCGAUGUAACCAUUUGCGGCAAAGUGAUAAAGAGGAGGCACCAGUUUUCUUGUUGUUCUUGGAUUGUGUAUGGCAGUUGGUUCAACAGUAUCCACCAGCGUUUGAGUUUACAGAGACUUAUCUAACUGUCUUGUCAGAUAGCCUAUACAUACCCAUAUUUAGCACCUUCUUCUUUAAUUCUCAACAUCAGAGAGACACUACCACGUAUGGCGGAAGCCUUGAUUCACAAGGGAGCAAACUUAAUUUUCUUUCAGUUUGGGAUUGGUCUGUGCAGUUUGAACCUGAAGCACAAACUUUGCUUAGUAACCCUCUUUAUGCAGAGAAGCCAAAAAUAGAUAAAAAUCAGAGGAAAACCACGCGUUUCAAGCAUCAUCGACAGCUUUCUUUGCCACUGACACAAACAAAGCCUCCUCCAAAAAGAGGGUUUUUUAAGGAAGAAACAGAUCAGUUAAUUAAAAAUCUUCUAGGCAAAAGAAUAAGCAGGUUGAUAACUUCUUCUGAUGAGCUUCAGAAUAACUCUAGAGAGUUCUAUGAUAGUUGGCACAGUAAACCUGUUGACCUCCAUGGACUCCUGCUACCACGUCUAGAAGGGCCAGAAAUCAAAGUGUGGGCACAGAGGUAUUUACGAUGGAUCCCUGAAGCUCAGCUCCCUGGUGGCGGCACAGUUGCUACUGCAACAAAAAUCUUGGAUGUGAUGGAGGAUGUGCGCAGCUUGCAGAAGAAAACAGAGGAAAAACAAAGUCAGAUUGUCUCUGAAGAAGAUGCCGAAACAUCUCCCUUCCAGAGAAAUCCUGCUCGCUUGUCAUCCUUAUUUCCAUUUGCGAUGCUUCAAAGACAUUCCCUCAAACCAGUUUUACCUACCAGCACUUGGAAAGACUUGGAAGGUGAGGAAGACUUGGCCAGGAGAGAUGACGAGUAUGUGGAUAUAAGUGGUGAUUGUGACACUUCCCAACUGUAGAAAUGAAAGAACUGGCACACUUCUAUCUAAAUGCCUGCAUAAAAUUGAUUUCCUAGCGGCGGGCUUUUCCUCUUGGCUGUAUUCUGGCUAUUGCUGACUGGAGAAACUUUAACCAUAGGAAGAUCCGCUCCGCACUUGAACACAAAUAUAUUUUUCAGAUGCAUUUUGAUCAAGCAUUUUAAUCGAUCCUUACUCCCAUGGUUAAUGGCAUAUAGCUGUGUUUUGUGUGACCCAAUUGAAAAAUAAAGUAAAACAAUCCAGAUUUUCCUGCUGGAGGAAUGGUUGGGGUGGGGGGAUGAUUUUUGCAGAUUGCAGGAGGAAGGGGAAUUGGCAAAAAUGGCCUCUUCUCCUUCCUCCCGCAGGAGCUUCUGAAUCAACCUCGAAAAUACAAGAUCAUGGGG